AACUGUAACCGGAGAACUUUCAACUUAGACGGAAAGUAGGUCACUACAACUUCAUCACUGCAGAGGGGUUCAGAGGAAUGUAAUGAGAGAAAAUUAAAACUGGAAAAUGUCAACGGAAGUGUACGACUGCAUAGUCAUUGGAGCAGGGAUCCAGGGUUCGUGUACAGCCUAUCAUCUGGCUAAAAACAAACAGAAAACAUUACUUCUUGAGCAGUUUUUACUGCCCCACUCCAGAGGGAGCUCUCAUGGCCAGACCAGGAUCAUAAGGAAAGCGUAUGAGGAAGACUUCUAUACACAGAUGAUGCAAGAAAGCUAUGAGCUGUGGGCCCAGCUUGAGAGGGAAGCAGGUGUGCAACUAUACAGACGCACAGGGCUGCUGGUUAUGGGUCCAGAGAACAGAAAGGGUUUCUCACAACUGAAGGCCACAAUGGAAAAAAAUAAAAUUCCAGUGGAGUUUUUGGAGAAGAAAGAGUUCAACCAGCACAUUCCUAAUGUAAAUCUGACUGAUGGGAACGGGGCUCUUGUGGACACCACUGCUGGAGUCCUGUAUGCUGAUAGAUCGCUCAGAGCUGUACAGGGGCUUUAUCAGACUAAUGGGGGUGUGAUUAAGGAUGGGGAGAAAGUGAUUGAUAUUAAGCCUGGUGAUGUGGUCACUGUGACAACAGGGUCUGGACUGUAUAAAGGGAGGAGCCUGGUGAUCACAGCGGGUCCCUGGGCCAACAAACUAAUGACCUGUGCUGGACUACAGCUUCCACUGAAGGUUGUAAAGAUUAAUGUAUGCUACUGGGAAGAGAAGAUCCCAGGCACUUACAGUGUCGACCAUCAGUUUCCCUGUUUUAUUCAAAUGGAGCCAAAGGAGGGGGAAUAUGACAUUUACGGCCUCCCAUCCAAUGAGUAUCCAGGACUAAUGAAGGUGUGUUACCACAUGGGCAGCGAGACCGAACCGGAUGAGAGAGAUAAACAGAAGGAUAGAGGGGACAUCGAUAUACUUACGCGAUACAUCACCCGCUGUCUCCCUGGGCUGGUGCCGGUGCCUGCUGUAGUGGAGAGCUGCAUGUACACAGUCACACCAGACCAUCACUUCAUUCUUGAUUGCCACCCGACCUACAGCAACAUCAUCAUCGGUGCUGGAUUUUCAGGUCAUGGUUUCAAGUUCAGCCCUGUAGUGGGUAAAGUGCUCUCUCAGUUGGCCAUGGGACAGAUUCCCUCUCAUGACCUCUCACCAUUCAGCAUCCAUCGUUUCCAGUCCAAUGCCAGAUCAUCUCUUUAAGUCGGGGACCUCAGACAAUCCACCUCUGCCGGACGUUCCGGGAAUCUCUCGGAUGUUGAUAGCAGCUCCCUGAUGCCCGACAAUGAUUUACAAGCAAUUAAUUGAGAACGUGCGAGUUAGAAAGGUCAGGUUUAAUUUUUUUACAAAAUCUAAAGAGACUGACAUAGCAAGCAACACUAAACAAACUUAUCCUGAUUGGGCUUAUAAUCAACCUUUUACUCUCUUCAAUUUAGUAUACCACUGUAGUUCAUGUACACUGUAAUGUAAAUCAGGUUUUUUUUAAACUUUAUGAUGGCAGAGAUCCCCAAAUAUGACGAACCUUUUGCUUGGGACCCCCUUUCUAAAAUAUAUAUAUAUACAUUUAUAUAUAAUAAUGUAUUUUUCAGAGCUGUAAAAAGAUUAAUUGUGAUUAAUCACCUAUAAAAUAAAAGGUUUUUUGCA